CCCGAGGGGUCCCGAGACUCAGCUGUUAUCAGCUUUCUCUUAUAGCUAUCGCAGAACAAACAUAGCAGCAGCGCAUCCCCAGAACAACUGAUGACAUGGCGAACGUUUCCGCUGUUUCCAUGCCCAUUCUGCACGUGCGAGGUAACCACUACGAUGUCGGGUACCAAACUGGCACAACGUUCCAGAACAGAAUUAAGUUGUUUUACCAGCGGUCACUGCUAGUACAGGAGAAACUACUUCCGUUCUACUCUCAAAGGCGAGGACGAGAGAUAGCAGAGGUUUACCUUCGGGGAGCGCGUGACAACUUCCCACAUCUUAUCCGUGAGAUACAAGGUAUGGCAGAUGGCGUUGGAAUGACAUUUGAGGAUAUUUUUAUUCUAAAUAUUGCCAAAGAAGUUUACAAUUGUCAUUUCAAUGAAAUGCAAAGUUGGCCACCGGAGUCUGAUAACCUGGGAUGUUCCGACAUUAUGAUCAACACCCCGGCAGUAAAAAUGAUAGGUCACAACGAAGACUGCGAUCCAGAAUCUAAAAACUUUGGAUAUAUGGUCAGUGCUCACGUCAUAGAAGACUCAACCGAUGAGAAGUUUACUGUUUUCUCGUAUCCUGGCAGCUUACCUGGUGGCACUUUUGCUUUUAAUCAUCAUGGAAUGAUUUUUGCCUGUAACGGACUGUAUCCUAAAACUGCAAUAUUAGGAGCAACACCCCGAUACUUCCUAAACCGAUCCAUGAUGGCUGCCACUACAGUAGAGCAUGCGCUGGAAAUCGGUAGGAACGUGGGUGGUGGGUGUGCAGUCGGGUUUAAUCUGAACAUGGGGAACUGGAAAUACCCACGUGACAUGUGGGGGCUGGAAAUUGGCCCUGGUGAGAAGGAAAGUAACGUCCAUUUGUAUACACUCACAGAACAAACCAAUGCUGAAGACCCGCCCUGUUAUGUACACUCCAACAAUUACAAACAUCUGCAAGUCGAGGAAAUGGAUAGUUUGUCAUCUUCCGUUGCCCGUAUGGAACGUAUCCUAGAGUUUAAAGCGCCAUCUACAGUUCAGGAAUUGAAGAUAAUUCUAGGAGACACGAAAAAUGAUAAGUAUCCCAUCUAUCGCAACCCCAGCGCUACAGACAACGGUAAGACUGUAGCCACUGCCCUGUUUGAUCUUAAAGAUAGAAAGAUGGACCUCUACAUGGAUAAUACAAAGUUUGAUCUUUCGCCUCUCUUCACUUUGCCUCUCGUUUAGAUAAUGUCUUGGAAUAUUGAUGAAUUGUAAAAACACAUAUCCUGAUAAUUAUUCUGGAAGUACUAGAACUGAUUUAGUAAGAUCCCCGGAAUGUCACUCUGGGGAGGAUAGUUUUAUUUGAAUUGCCUCAAAUUAUUAAAAUGUGUAGCUUUGCGGACAAUAUUUCAAAUAUGUGCUUCAAUUGUACAGGUGCAACCUUUAUUUCGUCUAAAAAUGUAAAUCAUUGGAUGAUUUCUGUAAUUCAUAUAGUAGAUGAAAAUAAGCAGAUACCAACAUCAUUGUGGAGACGUACUUGUAGAAUAUAAUAAUGUGUAACAGAUAGGGGAAUGGGGACAGCGUAUUUAAAACAACGGUGCCAUACUUAUCUCUAUGAACCAUUCGUAAUUGAGAUGGCCUAUGGAUACAUCAACAGCAAUGAUGGACGUUAAAACUUGUAUAACAAACAUAAAACACAAAAAUCAAAUAAUGUUUUUACGAGCUGCACCAAAACUACCGUAACAUAUUUGUUGGUCCUGCUUACUGUAUCGCCGACACCAUGGGUCGAAUCCGUGCAAACAAGUACGACGAGGUGCAGUGCCGCAAACGCUCUAGAACGGUGAUAUUGUAUUUGUAUUACAUUUUAUGUAAUUAUCAUGAAUGUUACUUCAAAACAAUAUAUGUUCUAUUCGUAUUUGAUAUUGUAAUCAGAAAGCAAUAAAUGAUAACAGAAAGCGAUAAAAGAGGUCCGACAACCGACUUCAAAGCCAGUCAAUUUUACCGUUACUAGACCGACAGAUUCUGUCAAUAUACAUCAAAGGAUCAGACUAGUGGACACGUCUCAUCCACAAGAUGGU